UGAUGGCAACACGGCAGCAUUGUUCUGACUAAGUAAACGUCAAAAUUUUCUACAGAUAACAGAAACAGAUAAUAUCCUGUAAAUAUUAGAAAAUUUUGUAAAAAAAACAUUUACAAUACUUAAAAAUGGGUGACCAGUUCGAUUGUGCUUUAGAUUUAAUGCGACGCCUACCUCCCCAACAAAUAGAGAAAAAUUUGAGUGAUUUGAUCGAUUUAGUUCCAAGUUUAUGUGAAGAUUUGCUGUCUUCAGUAGACCAGCCUUUGAAAAUUGCCAAGGACAAAGAAACUGGAAAGGAUUACCUUCUAUGCGACUACAACCGAGAUGGAGACUCAUACAGAUCCCCAUGGUCUAAUACCUAUUAUCCUCCAUUAGAUGACGGUUCCAUGCCUUCUGAACGUUUGAGAAAACUUGAAUUAGAUGCAAAUCAUGCUUUUGAUCAGUAUAGGGAGAUGUACUUUGAAGGGGGAGUUUCGUCUGUUUACUUUUGGGAUUUGGAUCAUGGUUUUGCUGGAGUAAUUUUAAUCAAGAAAACUGGCGAUGGAAGUAAGAAAAUCAAGGGUUGUUGGGACUCUUUACAUGUUGUAGAAGUUCAGGAAAAGAGUUCGGGUCGGAAUUCACAUUACAAAAUGACUUCAACUGCCAUGCUGUGGCUUCAAACUAAUAAACAGGGUUCUGGAACAAUGAAUCUUGGCGGUAGUCUAACCAGGCAGAUAGAACAAGAUGCCACAGUAAAUGAAAUCAACCCACACAUUGCCAAUAUUGGCAGGAUGGUAGAGGACAUGGAAAAUAAAAUUCGUAACACUCUUAAUGAAAUCUACUUCAGCAAAACUAAAGAUAUUGUAAAUAGUUUGAGGUCUGUCCAAUCGCUGACUGAGAGCCGUCAACAGCAGGCUCUAAGAGAGGAUUUGGCUGCUGCUUUGCAACGCAGGCACAAUAAAUCUGACAACUGAUGUUUGCAGAUCUAUCACAUAAAUUUUGAAAAUGACGAAUAACACUUUGAAAUGAUCGAACCCAACUGAAUUUUCUUCUAUUUCUGAUGUUUUUUUGUCCCGCGUAAUAUCCUACGUAUCAUUCACUAAACUUCUUCCAGGUUGGGUAAACUGUCGAGCUUUGGUUAUAAAUCUUCUCAACUUUAGGAACAUUGCAGACAGUUAGUGCAAUUUUUCUCCUGUAGUUGGGUUAGAUGAAACAUUUUUGGAAAUGAAAGUGAAAGCCAAAAGUAAGACCUAAUUCAUUUCCUAAAAGAAAGCAUUUGUUAUAAUUCAUUUUAUUGUC